AUGCCGGUCUGUUUGAAACCACAAACCUCGGCUUUGCCUCGAAUUUUCACGUUUUCGCAAAGUUCCCUCCAGUACGCUUCGGGGACUCGCCUUGCACAAUUGCCAUUGACUUCGCGGUUUGGACGGCAGCUCCUAGUCAGACCCUGUGUUCGGAAAUACAACUGCCCCUCCAAGCCCUCAAAUUACAGACGAUUCCAAUCACUCGGAUCACCACAGUCACCGGGCCUCCCCAACCUCAAGAAACCCCGUGUUCUCCUCGAGUCACGGGUUGACAUCGUCCUCUGCUCCGUCGCCGUUGCUCUUGCGUGCGCAUACGGCCUGUUUUAUCAGCAAAUCACCGGUUCCAAACCUGACCCUCAACCAGACAACGAAAUCGCAGAACCUCAUCCAUUAGAAGUCAUGGCGACGGACAUUCCCGCUGGGAGACCGGGUAACCUCACGCCGGAGCAGGAGGAAAAGUUGCGCCAACUGUGGCAUCUCAUUCUGUCCUUGGGCGAGGAGACCAGCACCGCCGCUGCAGACAGCGCAUCUGCUAGCAUAGCCCCGAGCGAAACGUCGGCUGCCGGAAAAGGCGACAAGCCCAAGAAGAAGCGCACUUCAUUGUUUGGCCGCAAGGAUAAGAAAGAGGGCGCCGCGACAUCGACAGCCAUUCCAGCUGGUAUCAAGGAGGAUGGCGAGGACAAAUACGGUCAAACGCAACAGUUCAAGGAGGCUUUGGCCAACCAGAGUCCCGAAGCUUUGCGCGCUACGAUAUGGUCGAUGGUCAAGCAUGACCAUCCCGAUGCCCUUGCCCUGCGAUUCCUGAGGGCGCGAAAGUGGGACGUUGAGAAGGCUUUCGUUAUGAUGAUCUCCACGAUGCACUGGAGAUUGACGGAGAUGAAGGUUGACGACGAAAUCAUGAAGAGUGGUGAGGCUGGUGCGCUCGAAGCUGCGCAAAAUUCCGAUCCCAAGAUUAAGCAGUUGGGAGAGGACUUUAUGGCCCAGGCUCGUUCAGGCAAGACUUUCAUCCAUGGCCUUGAUAAGGGAGGACGCCCGAUCUGCCAGGUCAGAGUGCGCAUGCAUAGACAGGGGGAGCAAUGCGAGGAGAGUCUUGAGAAGUAUACUGUCUUCUUGAUUGAGACAGCUCGUAUGGUUCUGGCUCCUCCCGUCGAUACUGCUACAAUCGUUUUCGAUAUGACCGGCUUUUCACUGGCAAACAUGGAUUACACCCCUGUGAAGUUCAUGAUCAAAUGCUUCGAGGCAAACUACCCCGAAUCUCUCGGUGCUGUUCUAGUGCACAAGGCCCCGUGGGUCUUCCAAGGUAUCUGGAAGAUUAUUAAGGGUUGGCUGGACCCGGUCGUAGCUGCCAAGGUCCACUUCACCAACAAUGUCAAGGAAAUGUCAGAGUUCAUUGAGCCAAGCCACAUUCUCAAAGAGCUCGACGGCCAGGAAGACUGGGACUACAAGUACGUGGAGCCAGUCGCUGGAGAGAAUGACAAGAUGAAGGAUACGGCAACAAGAGACGCGCUGCUUUCUGGAAGGGAAGAACUGGUCCACGAGUACGAGGAGACAACCCUCCAGUGGAUCAAAGAGGCCGGGACAGACAAAGAGGCAGCCAUCAAGGCACAGCGGGAGGAACUUGCCCGCAAACUCAGGGAUGACUACUGGAAGCUCGACCCUUACCUCCGAGCAAAGUGCGUCCUGGAUCGGACUGGCGUUAUCCAGGAUGGUGGCAAGAUCGACAUGUACUCCAAGGGGGCAACUGCUCCCGCCACUCCCGCUCCCGCUGCAGCAGCUCCUACGCCGGCUUCCGCACCCGCUCCCGCGCCAACUAACGGAGCUCCCGCGGUCGAGACAUCGGCCGAUGAUGUAGACUAG